AAUGCAAAAUAAUUAUUUGACUGCAUUGCUCAUGCUGCGAAAGCAGAAACAGCGCAGGAGGAAGAUGGAGGCAUCGAAAAGGGGAUUGUUGCAACGAGAGUUUGAAGGCUUCGAAUGUAAGUUGGGAAGGGAAAUAGCAGAUGAAGACUCCGUACUCUAUGGAAGGGUAUUGCGAAUCUCGCCAGAUCAGUUUAAUAUAAUUUUGGAAAAGGUGCGGACUUUUAUACAGGAAAUGAAGAGCCCAUUCAGAAACAGCAUUACCUCAGAGGAACGACUUAAAGUCACCCUGUUCUAUUUGUCCACUGGCCGUAUGCCGUUUCGUCAAACAAAACCCACAUAUAUACCGACAAUUACGAAGAUAUUAAAGGAAACAAUACCUGUUUUGUACAAUGUGCUCAAUGAAGAAUACCUACCGUUUCCGACAUCAGCAGACGAAUGGAAACAAAUCGCCUCAGAUUUCUACGAUAUUUGGGGAUUUCCCAAUUGCAUUGGAGCUAUAGAUGGAAAGCAUUGCAAAACAAGACCCAUGCCAAGCAAUGGAGAACCCUCCAUGAUGCUAAUGGUAAUCGUUGACGCCAAGUAUAGGUUCGUCUAUGUAAAUGUCGCAACAGAUGCUAAAAUUGGCGACGCUGGUGUGUGGCUGCACUCUGAUUUGCGAUACAGCCUGGAUGACUACAGCAUUCACGUACCAUCGCCGUCUGCUCUGCCGCGCUCGAACCGUGUAUCCCCAUAUACAUUGGUCUCCGAUGAGGCUUUCCCCCUCACCGAGUACAACAUGAAGCCGUAUUUUAGCAAAAAUCUAACCGAAAGUCAGCAGCAUUUCAAUUAUAUGCUUUCGCGGAGUCGUCGCGUUGUGGAGAAUGCGUUUGCGAUUCUGGCCAGUCGCUUCAGAGUUAUCUUUAAGCCCAUUAAGAGCGCACCAACUUCAUUCAGCAAAAUAGUUUUAACCUGCUUUUGUCUUUAUAACUUUUUGAGAGAGGAAGCCAUACGAUCAAACAACCAUUCGGAUGUCAUUCCAAAUGUUGAAUUGGAACGCAUUGUAGAAGAAAAUUUUGUCGAACAUGUUGUGGAUCAUCGGACGGUAAAAUCGACAGGCCUUGGUCCCCAAACGAGGGACGGUCUAAGGGAAUACUUUUCCGAAUUCCAUUUGGAUUUUUAACUUUGAAGACUUUCGAAAUUUUAAUUGUACAUAUAUAGUA